AUGGCUGCCACCAUUGCUUCAUUCGGCUCAAGCUACGAUCGAAAAUCGAAGCUCAAAGCUUUCGACCAAACAAAAACCGACAUCAAAGGCCUCGUCGAUGCCGGAAUCCGGAAAAUCCCUCCCAUCUUCUUCCACCCAUGGGACACCACUCCCAAAAUAUCCACCACUGUUGUCAAGAUUCUGGUCAUAGACCUUCAAUCGACCCAUAGAGCAUCGAUGGUGGAGAUGAUUCGUGAAGCCUCCACGAACCUAGAAGCAUUGGGGUUGAACGUGAAUCACCUUGGAGAUCUCGAUUGUGGCAAGGGGCUUUUAUUCUCUGGCCAUUAUUACCCUGCUUGUCCACAACCAGAGCUAACCAUCGGCACAAGCAAUCAUACAGACGACAGAUUCCUAGUUGUGCUUUUACAAGAACAAACCGAAGGUCUGAAAAUCCGCCACCAAAAUCCAAAGUCAAAAUAUGUUCUUGAGUACAGCAAGGAAAUAAAUUCCCUUUUAGGAAACAGGAAGUCCAGCCCUAGCUUGUUAAUUGAAGAUCCUAAGACAGUAUUAAAGAUUGAUGAGGAGCCAAGCUCUUUGAAAGCUGCAUGGGAGCUCCUUGUCUUGGAUCCCUGA